CAGCAGCGUCUCGCCUUUGUAAAUACGUGCUGCAGUUGUGUGUGCGCGCCGCUGGGCGAGUCUCUGCCGCUUCUGACUAGAAGCUCCCCUUUUUUCAGAGAAAAGAAGAGGAGAAUUAGGUCCGGGAGGAGGGCCGCCGCCAUUAUUGGGAAGCUGGAGAAAAAAACACUUUCACACACGCAAUCUCUGGUUAAAUUGAUCUGGACAUAACCGAUUUGCUGCAUUAGACUACUCCAGAGGAAACAAUGUACAGCAAUUGCAACAUACUCGACCGGUGUCCUGUGCAUAAUCGAUCCAGCAUAAUGUAGGCACAACAAUGGACUUAAUAAUUGGUCAAAUGCAACGUGGUGAUCCAAAGAGCGGACGGUGAAACAAGAUUUUUUAUACGCCUUUCCCCCAAGAGGACAAUAACUGAGGAAAAAAUACUGAAUGUUAUCGUUUUUACAUUUGUAGUUUUAUUACAAAGAAAACAAACAGCGUUAAAAACAUCCAAAUGCAGGCAUUUACAAACAAACAAACAAACAAACAAACGCAUUGAUAAUUGCCUCUGAACAAUUGUGACCAUUUGCGUUUCGGACAACUCGUAGACUAUUAUUUGUUUCCUUGUGCCCAUGCCUUUAAAGCGACUAGGGCUGCGGCAAGCACUGGCCUGAUGCGAAGGGAGAAAGGCAGAAUGCGAUGGGUCAGAUCUGCGUCCGGAUUCAAACCUGUAGUUCAAGUUCCUAAAACCUAAUUGUCCACCCAACAAUCUCUGGUGCAUCAGCCACUUUAUGGACAUACAUCCAGGUGUACUCCCCUAUCCAGUGCCUGUGUAUGACAGGAUGAGCCCCAGCAGAUGAUGAUGAUGGCGAAAAAACAAGAUGCCCGGACUCCUAUUUAUAACCUCAACGUGGUGGGUUUGUCAGGGACGGAGAAAGAGAAAGGGCAAUGUGGAGUGGGCAAGUCGUGCCUGUGUAACCGCUUCGUGCGCCCUAGUGCCGAUGACUUCUAUCUGGACCACACAUCUGUGCUGAGCACCAGUGACUUUGGGGGCCGAGUGGUCAACAAUGACCAUUUCCUGUUCUGGGGGGAAGUGGGGCGGGUUCUGGAGGAAGGGCCGGAGUGCAGGAUGCAUGUGGUGGAGCAGACUGAGUUUAUUGACGACCAGACGUUUCAGCCUCACCGCAGCACUGCCAUGCAGCCCUACAUCAAGAGGGCGGCUUCAACCAAGCUAGCCUCCGCGGAGAAGCUCAUGUACUUCUGCACUGACCAACUGGGUCUGGAGCAGGACUUUGAACAGAAGCAGAUGCCAGAGGGCAAACUCCAGGUGGACGGAUUCCUGCUCUGCGUGGACGUCAGCAGGGGCAUGAAUCGCAACUUCGACGACCAGUUAAAGUUUGUCAGUAACUUGUACAGUCAGCUGAGCAAGACCAAGAAGCCCAUCGUGCUGGUCCUCACCAAGUGCGACGAGGGAGUCGAACGCUACAUCAAAGAUUCCCACACCUUCGCCAUCACGAAAAAGAGUCUUCCAGUGGUGGAGACGUCUGCACGCUCCAAUAUCAACGUGGACCUAGCCUUCCUCACUUUAGUGCAACUACUCGACAAAGGCAGGGGCAAGCCCAAGAUCAUCGGGUACUUUGAGGCCCUUAAGCUCCAGAGCCAGCAGAUAGCCUCCGCCAAGGACCGCUACGAAUGGCUCGUCAAUCGGAUCGUGAAGAACCACAACGAAACUUGGCCCAACACGAGCAGGAGAAUGAACACCUCCUCCGAGUACAAGGACUACGUCUUUUUGGAGGGCUCGGCGAAAUGCAAAAAGCUCUUCCAGCAACACGUCUACAGGCUGAAGCAGGAGCACAUCGAGAGGCGUCGGAAAAUCUACCUGAGCACUCUUCCUCUAGCACUUAGCUCCCUGGUGCCCGAUCUGGAUGAGAUCGACCAGCUCAGCUGGUCGGGGGUACAGAAGGUCCUGGAGUCCAAGCAGCACUUUACCCACUGGUUCGUGGUUCUGGAAGAGACUCCGUGGGAGGACACGGCGCACAUUGACAACGUGGAGGACGAGCGCAUCCCCUCAGACCUGCUGGAGACGCCGGUCGCCGAGUCCAUAUUCAACACCCACCUGGAGCACCUGCGCAACGAAUGCAAGCGGGCCGAGAUGAGACAAGAGUUCAAGCACAAGCUGGCCUCCUCCCUUUUCGUCACGCCCGGCAAGCCGUGGGAAGAGGCGCGCAGCUUCAUCAUGAAUGAGGACUUCUACCAGUGGCUGGAGGAGCCCGAAUACCUGGAUCUCUACAACCGCCACCAGAAGGAGAUCAUCGACCGCGCUAAGGAGGACUUCCAGGAGUUGCUUCUGGAAUAUUCCGAACUCUUCUAUGAGCUGGAGGUGGAUGCCAAGCCCAGUAAGGAGAAGAUGGGGGCCAUCCAGGAGGUGUUGGGGGAGGAGCAGAGGUUCAAAGCCUUGCAGAAGCUUCCGGCAGAGAGGGAUGCUCUGGUGUUAAAGCAUAUCCACUUUGUCUACCACCCAACCAAGGAGACCUGUCCCAGUAGCCCGCAGUGUGGAGACUUUAAGAUCGAACAGCUCCUAGCAUCACGCUUCCCUACAUGCUACCCCUUUUUCGAUAUGAAAUCCCACUUUGGGAACACCAAGGCUGACAGAAUCAACCUCGUAAUACUAGGAAAGGAUGGACUGGCAAGGGAGUUUGCGAAUGAGAUUAGGGCGCUCUGUACAAAUGAUGACCGGUACGUGUUAGAUGGUAAGAUGUAUGAGCUGACCUUGAGACCUAUUGAAGGCAACGUACGUCUUCCCGUGAACUCCUUCCACACCCCCACCUUCACACCCCAUGGCUGCCUUUGUCUGUAUAAUUCAAAAGAGUCGCUGACGUACGUGGUGGAGAGCAUCGAAAGGUUGAGGGAGUCAACUAUCGGUCGAAGGGACAGUCAGUUAGCCCAGCUUUUGACUUCCCUGCUCUUAGUCACCAAAAGGGGUGUUGGAACCUAUGCAGAUGUAGGAGGAGAAACUGCUUUGGCCCUCAUAACGCAAGGACAGCAGGUAGCCCGGAGACUUCAGUGUAGCUUCUUAGACCCAGCUUCACCCGGCGUGGGCUACGGUCACAACGUGAACGAGAGUCAGAUCAACCAGGUGCUGAGAGGUCUCCUGGACUCCAGGAGGAGCUCCUCGUUCAGCAGUGGAUCCCCUCCCCUCCCCCCUCAACCCCCAGGCCUGCGGGACUCUCCUCACCAGCCCAGCCCAGAGGCGGACAUCCGCAUCGUCAUGUGCCUGAUGUGCGGCGACUCGUACGACAUCGAACAGCUCCUCACCCCGUUCCUAAUGCCCCCGCACUGCAGGCCGACGUCCAACAGCGGGACAUCCGUGAUCCUGGAGCAUACGGUGGGCAGCCACAAGCAGGUGAUCGAACUCUCCCUGCUCUCCUACCACGCCUCCUUCUCCCUGCGCAAGAGCCGGCUGGUGCACGGCUACAUCGCCGUGUACUCCGCCCGCCGCAAGGCCUCCCUGGAAACCCUGUGCGCGUUCCUCUGCGAGGUCCAGGACAUCAUCCCGGUGCAGCUGCUGGCCGUCGGGGACAGCCAGGCCGAGCUGACGGACAGCGAGUCGGCCCGCGAGCAGCUGGUCCAGGGGGAGGAGCUCGCCCGGGAGAUCGAGGGCCGCUUCAACAGCGUGGUGUGCGGCUCCGGAGGGGUGGCGGGCGGCCUGCACCGGAUCGAGAUGUUCCAGCCCUUCCUCAUGGAGGUGGUGGAGAAGCGCAACAUCGUGGAGGCCACGCACAUGUACGACAACGUGGCGGAGGCGUGCACCAACGAGAGCGUGUACUCUCCUCGCUGUAGCUCCCCGAGCCCCGUCACCAUGUUCCUGGACUCGGAGGACGACGUCGAGGCGUCUCCGCCCUACUACGACGGCACGCUCACCCACGGCGGGGGCUUCAACCUGCCCGACCUGGACUCGGGCGACAUCGCCAUGAUCUCCGACAUCAGCUCCUUCGAGAACAAGCUCAACCACAAGCUCCCCCUCCAGGUGAGGCCCAAGCCCACUGUCACCUUUGACUUCCGGAAGGUGGGUCGUAACCCAUACACGGACACAGUAGGCCACCGUCGGUCCCUGCCCUCGGCCGUGACCUGGGUACCGGGCGGCGACGGAGGCUACGACCCUUCCGACUACGCCGAGCCCAUGGAUGCCGUCUCCAAACCCCGGCCCAGCAACGAGGAGAUCAUCUACUCCGUUCCGCACGACAGCACCCAGGGGAAGAUCAUCACGAUCCGCAACGCCAACCGGAUGCACUCCAACGGGAACGGCUCGGACAGCGAGGCCGACAGCAGCUCCCUGGAGCGCCGCCGGAAGUUUUCCGCGGCCGGGGUGAAGCCUCGGCUGUACCGCGACCGCUCCAAGCGCCUGGGCAAGUUCAGCAGCUUCCGCAGCAGUUUCAUCGGCAGCGACGACGAGAUGGGGGCCCUGCCCAAGACCAAGGAGGACGACUUUGGGACCCUGAAAGGAGACGUCCUGGUCAACGAGGAAAGUGAGGACCCCAAAAAAAGGAACAUUCUGAAGAGCCUGCGGCGAACGGCCAAGAAAACUAGACCAAAGCCUCGACCCUCAAUCCCCAAACCCCUGGAGAGCAACUAUUUUGGAGUUCCUCUGGUGACUGUAGUGUCACCAGACAGGCCAAUCCCACUCUUCAUUGAGAAGUGUGUUCGCUUUAUCGAGACCACAGGCCUGAACACAGAGGGCCUGUAUCGUGUGAGUGGAAACAAGUCUGAGAUGGAGAGCAUGCAGAGGCAGUUUGAUCAGGACCACGGGCUGGACCUUGUGGACAAGGACUUCGCCAUUAACACGGUGGCCGGGGCACUGAAGAGCUUCUUCUCUGAGCUUCCGGAACCUCUGGUGCCCUGCGUCCUUCAAGUGGACCUCCUGGAGGCUUUCAAGAUCAACGACAGGGAACAGAGGCUGUACACCAUGAAGGACGUGCUGAGGCGGUUCCCCAGGGAGAACUACGACGUCUUCAAAUACGUCACAAGCCACUUACACAAGGUGAGCCAGAUGAGCAGGUUGAACCUGAUGACCAGCGAGAACCUGUCCAUCUGUUUCUGGCCCACGCUCAUGAGACCCGACUUCACCACCAUGGACGCCCUGACGGCCACGCGCACCUACCAGACAAUCAUCGAGUGCUUCAUCCACCAGUGUGCUUUCUUCUUCUACAACCAGCCCCUCAUCGACUCGCCCACGGGGCUGGCCGGCCUCCCCGCCUCCCCGACCACCACCCUCACCGGGGCCUCCGCAUACUCCUGCUACCGCUCCUCCCCGCCCCCCACCGCCGCACACUUCAGCCCCCUGCAGCAGUCGCCCCCCACCACCCCGCAGUCGCCCUUGCAGUCCCUCCUGCCUCCCCUCCAUCAGCACCCCCACCCCCACCACACCCCCGCCGAGCAGGAAACUCUGUGAGAGAGACGGGGAAAACUGAGCACACAUGCCCAUGAUGCUGGACCUUAGUCACACAUGCCCAUGAUGCUGGACCUUAGUCACACAUGCGGGCGCGCACACACUCAAACACACGUAACAUGACAGACACACAGAAGGAAAAGAAAAACAACAUGCACUACAUAUUUCGGUCAUGGACAACAUAGGUAAUGAAGAGAGGUCUUGAGGAACAUUUUGAGGGCGCUUUACCCGACAGGCAACUUCUGACCACUGUGCGGAUGUCCAAACUCCAGCGUUCCGGGCCAGGGUACCCUUGUAACGUGAAUCCCCUCACACACACACACACACACACCUGGACAAGGUGCACAGUUACA